AUGCCGGUCGAAUCAAUGCCACGAGAGGAACAAGAACGCCAUAUUAAGAACAUGUUCGAAGCAGCGCAUAACAUCGACUUACAAAUGACCUCUUCGAUGGCAUCGUCGUUCUCAUCUGAGUUGCAGUCUAUUGACGGAGGUGGUGAGACCGACAGUGAUAUCGAAUGGAUUACUCCGGAGACGGCGUUGAUGCACCAGUCCACGUCAGGGUACCAUCCACGUGAACCGGUAAUUCCGUUGCGUACCAACUAUCGAGCAUCGGACUACAAUCCAUAUCGAGAACCAUACCAAGUGGAUAGUGCGUCAGCGCAAAGGUUCUCUGACAACUACAAGAGCGACCACGUUGGUCAGUACUCCGACUGGUCCGAGCAGGAUAGCCGGGCACCGAGUCGUGGAAGUCGAGGAAGACAGCGUCGUCAAGGAGGCUCAAAGUCGUCGCUGCGACAUCCGUUUUCGUGGCUGAAACGGGAUCAGUCCGCCGAAAGACUUGAGGCGGCUGCAAAUCGAGUCGAUCGAAUGCUGCAAGAACUGAAUGCCUAUGGCGAAUUUGCUGAUAUCAAGCCAUUGGAAUAUCGGCCGUUCCCCACAGCUUUCGGCUCUUUGAAGUCCGUAAAUCGUGCGAUGUCUUCUGCCUGUCAUACCGAAUACGACAAUGGCCAGAGUCUGAGCCUGCGUUGUCGACGUCGAAACCGAACGCGAAUUGGCGGAACGUCCGCAAUGAUGCAACUCAGAUCUCGAGACAAGAAACGAAGACGGCGUUGGCGAAUACGUUCAAAGGGCGAUGAAGGCGAUACAGAGUCCCAGUGCAGCAGUCUUGCUAGCAGUAUAGACCUCGAUCCUUUGAGGUGGAAAUCAGUGCACUCGAUUGGCUAUGAGAAUGAGUACGAGAUGCAGUCGGACAACGAAGGGUUGGCCAUUGAAGAGAUGAAGGCGUUGUCACGAGAUAUCAGAAGGAAUUUUGGCGACUUCAAGCUAGCCACUUUUGACGACAUCGAUCAAGAUUGA